AUGGAGGCAUUUCUGCUUCUUCCGGUGAACGCAUUAUCAACCGAAUACUUCAUUCCGUCGUACCACCCAUUCAGAGAGCGUUCCAAUGAAUAUAGGUCCCAAUUCCUAAUCGUUGCAACCGAAGCUGACACGACAGUGUCUAUUGAAUUCCCCUCUACAUUUUCACAAUGGGCUAAAGGACGUUUUCAGAUUGAAUUGCAAAAGUACGAAACGUAUCUGUUUCAAACUCAAAGAGACACCACCGGAACACUUGUCACUAGUGAUAAACCAGUAUCAGUCGUAGCCGGUGAUAAUUAUGGUACAGUACCUAAAAACGGCAGUGACUAUGGAUAUAUGGUUGAGCAAGUCCUACCAACCAGGUUUUAUGACUUCAAGUUUAUAGUUCCAGCAAUUAGCCCUCGCGAUGACUACUACAUCCGUAUUUUCUCCGUUUAUGACGAUACGGAGGUGAACAUGUACAAUUCAACAACUCAUGACUCACACUUCCUGAAAAGACUCGAGCCAUUUGAGCGCCGUUUCAUGGCAGAGCCAACACUGCUGUUAGCUGAUAAGCCCAUAUAUGUGAUGAUUUACUCAACUAACAUUUUUAUGAUGACUGCGCAAGCCAUGUCACAGUUUCAGUCCGAGUAUGAAUUUACCCUCCAAAGCUAUACUAGUGCUAACAUCAUUGCUGUCACUAUAAAGACAGCUGACAUGAGUGAACUUUACCUUGACGGCAACAAAAUUGGCAUUAACAACACGAAAGCUAUCCAGGUCGCAUCCCCUUUGCAGGACUACAGUGUUCUCUAUAUCCCCAUCACUGGGGCAACAAUUCACCGAAUCCAUCAAUCUAGGCAGCAAAAGUUCGGGGCGGUACUAUACGAAUCCGGCAGUAGCUAUGCUUACGGAAUGCCUCUGCAGAUGACACUUACAGAUAUUGGAUGUUACCUGACCAAUGGCACGAACAGUACGCUCACCCCAGGACAAGGGUCUCAUCUGGGGUCUCAAAUCAACUACCAAGCUUCAGGUAAGGAUGUUCACUGCUUCAAUUGUGAGGAUAUGACACAUCUCAAGUAUUGUGACAGGGUGACAACAUGUAGGGAAAACGAGGUAUGCUACGUCCAGAGCUACUCCAAGAGUCUCAACACCGUUCGCUACAAGUCAGGCUGCACCAGUAAACUGAAUUGCCGGAGUCAUGGUUCAUCCGGAUGCUUUGAAUGUUGCAAUGGAAGUUACUGCAACUUCCACGGGUGUAGUGAUAAUGGUCUGGUUGGGAUUUCUCAGAGAGGUCCGUUCUGUUUCGAAUGUCGCCACAUCGGGGCAGGCGACGUAUGUGAAACUGUGCAGUUAUGUUCCGUGACUGAGGCAUGCAUGGUUGAAGAAUACAAGUGGGGCGAAAAUGACAGACACUACAUCCAGGGAUGUACUGACGCUCAGAUCUGCAGUAGUACAAGAAAACGAGCCGUGGCUGAGCUGGACAGGGAUUGGAGAAAUGUGCCGGGCUGCUCUCAUUGUUGUACAACAGAUUUCUGCAACUCAAAUUGCACAGCUUCCAGCAUCAACCCAGGAAUAAUUGGUUGA